AUCAUCAACAUGCAUGGCAUUCAGUUUCAAAAGUGUUGCCUAAAAGUAAGAAAAAGUAUAAUCACAAAAUUUGUCAAAAGAGAUUGAAUGUUUGUUCCAACAUGAAACAAGUAACGUUUUUGGAUCUUACCUAUAACCUUCCCAUGUUAUAACCUUUGUUAGCAACGGCGGAAUGUAGACUAAUUUAAAAAUAAAAGUUAUUACAUUUUAAAUAUAUUUCCGUUAGGUAUGUUGCAAUUUAAUCAUCAUUGUUAAAAAAAAUAAUAAUAUUGGUCUUGUAGCUCCGAACCCAGCCAGCUCUUACCAAUUUACUAGAAAUGAUAUUUUUAACACUGUUUAAAUAUGGUUUUCUUUGAAGAUAAUCUUAUUUAUCGUAAAUCUUCCCUUCAGUAUCGUUACCUGAUACUUUGGAAGGUUUUCUUGUUAUGAGAAAGCAUUCUGCCCUUCCCAGUGAAAUAAGGAACCUGAAUAAGGAUAUAGUAGAUUUCCAAAACAACUACAAAACCUUAACAGAUGUACAUUGUGGGUCAGAUUGCUACUGCAGGAAAAAAGGCAACCAUAAAGUAACUAAUAGUUUAUAUCACAAACAGUGUAUUACAAUGAAGAAACACACCCUAAAUGCUACUGUUCAGAAAACUGAUAUAGUUCACCCUCGUCGAAAGUGCAAUGAGAGAAUUAAUGUAUUUAAUAUGAACAAGGCGCGUGUUGAAGUUUCCGUUAAAAGGCCGCUAAAAGAAAGAAUAAUUGAUGACAAGGUAAAGACUGAUGGUAGUAAGCAAGUUGUAAAAUUUAUUGAUAAAGGUACUGAUCCUAUCACAAUUGUAGAGCCCAAAGUAUCUACAAAACAGUCAUGGAGUGAUAUACUUAGUGAUAGAUCAAGGACCAAAGCACCACAGUCCUCUACAUGUACACAUCAUUUGGGAAUCCAAGACAACAAUCGCUAUUCACCUAAGUCUACAGAAUGUCAUAAGUAUCAUGCAUCUAGUAGAACUUCUUCUCCAGUUUCUAGCUAUAAAAAUCCUUCAAAAGUUAUAUUUAGGGAUAAAGGAACGCAGUCAUUAGAUGAAAUUACAAAAGGAGAUUUGAUUCCUGUCUGCUUACCUCGCUUACCAACAGAUUCCAUUUCUAAUCCCCUCAUCUCACUCCAGGCUCUUAUCAAAGAGCUUAAGGAUUUUAAAAGAAGAGUGUUGAAUCAGAAAGACUAUAAUGUUAUCUGUUGUAUCAUUUCUGAAAUGGAAAUUGCUUUGAAUGUGCUUAACAAACAAAGCAAGCCUUCGUCUGCUUACCACAAAUCUAACAAAAACUCUGAAUACCAGUCUAUGGAAUCAAAUGUUAAUUCGGCGAAGUCACAAAAGAAUGAAAAGUGGUAUAAAAGCCUUGAAGAUACAUGUACACAGCUUAAAAGUGCCUGCCAGCUACUUGAAGAAACAUGUGAAAAACUGCGUUUUGAGAAAGAUCAUGUCACUGAGAAGUUUUUUGAGAAGAGUAGGGAGGUUGAGAAUUGUCUUAAAAGAGAGCUUGAAUACCAGGCAAAGCUGUCACAAGUUUCACAGGAAGCUAGCUCAAUGACGCUCCAGAUUGACCAGUACUCGAAAUCAGUGGAGGAGCUCACCUUCCAUGUACGGAAGUUGCAAGAGGAGAACAGGGAAUUAGAGAAAGCUGAAGAGGAGAAGGUACAGCUCCAUGCACAGCUGAUGGAUGCUUCCAGAGAAAAUGAUAAACUUAAUGCAGAAUUACAACUACUGACACUGGAACAAGAAAAGAACAAAGUUCUUCUGGAUAUCAAGGAGAAAGAAAUGGAUAAACUAAGAAAACAAAUUGUGAGCAUCGGUGGACUGGUCUCAGCUAAGAUGAAUGAUCAUGCAAUGAGAGGCGACAACUUUCAGUAUAGCGCACUUAGCUCGACUAUUGGACUCUUAGACUUAAACCUCUCUGAUACAAAAAAUCAAGAGAUCGCCUUCUCUUCUCCAGAUGGAUCCAUGACAUCACCUUCCAAGUCAUGGAAGGCUAUGUCCUCAAUCGCUCCUACCAAUACGCGGGGUGAGAUCAUUGCAAAUGCUUUAACUGAUCCUUUAAUACAGAAAGGUGAGAAUGCAAAAAUAAUCCAGAAGGGUGAAACGCCGCCAUUGGAAUCAAUAAAGCAUUUGAAGAACGAGUUACGUGAACUUUUCGCUCAGAUGAAAAAGCAAACAGAGGUCUCAGAAGCACUGCUGCUACCAGAACUAAAGGCAAACUCGGAAGUUACAGCUUGGUCAAGUAUCACUGACUCUUCAGAUGGAUAUAUCAGUAUCACAGAUGCUGAUUGUUCUAGCCAAGAUACUUGAUAGGACAUCAAUCAGAAUUGUUCAUCCUAAAGUUCUUGUGAUUUUGAUCAUAAUAUUGCAAAAAAAUAAAUAAUUAAAAAUAUUAAUUAGAUAGUUAAAAUGUAAUAAAAGGAGACUAAUCUGACCAAUAAUGUAUUAUAUGGAAUGAAAUCUUUACGUAUCAGCUUUGUUGAAUAUUAUUUUGUAUUUGUUUAUGAAUAGUAUUUUAGAAAAACAUUUAGGCUGAUCAACGUUUGGUGCAAGUUUGAAAAAUAUAUUUAUAAAGGUUGACCUGGAGUUUGGUGAAUCAAUAAAGAUAUUAGUUUAGUGCAAGCUAAAGACUAUGGUUAGCUGUUAAUAUUAUUAAAAUCUAGUUAUAAUUAUAAUAUAUUUUUAUUUGUGUAUACUUUUAGAUAAUAAGGAGAUAAAUGAUGUUUGAAGUCUGAUAUUAUAUUUGUGUAUUUUUAUGUCAGUAUUGUAUAGUAAAAAAUAAAUAAAAAUAAUGCAAUUUUUUUUAUGAGGUUCCUUGGAUUCGUGCAAUUAUAUGCCGUCUGGUGAUAUUUAUAUGGAUUUCCUAUUUAGAUUAAUUGGAGCAAUAAAAUGAUACAAUAUGAAGUAGAAUCCAUAAAAAAAGGGGAGGGAGUAAAAGACCAGUUAUGUAACCUCAAAACUAAUUUUAUGUAAUAAUGUUUAAAAAAACUGAACCAAUGUCGUUUUUAUUUAACUAUAAAAUUGAAUGAAUGAAAAAUGAUUUAUUAAAUAUGUAUAAAUUAUAAAUUUCCAAAAUGCAAACAACAUUUAUAAGGCAUGAUUACUCGUCUGCCUAUAAUAUAAAAUAAUUAUAAAUUAUUUGUCCUCUUUUAUUUUUAUUUUUAUCUAAACCAAACUUUCUUUGAUCUUCUCACCAUCUGGCUCUCCCUUUGAAUUAUUUAUUAUUAAUUUUUGGUAUAUAUGAAAUAUGUGUGUUAUAAAAUAUAAAUAAUUAUUUAUUUUAA